AGUUCGGGGCUCCAUCCUCCCCCGCCAUUCUGGUAAUGGCCGCUCCCUGGAAGUAGGCACUGGCGUGUGGAACCUCUUAAGUUUGAGCAUCCGGAGCUCCAGGAAAGGGGUAUCUCAAGUGUCAGAAAUUAUCUUUGCACCCUUCCUUUGAAACCUCCAGCUCUCAAGAAUCAGAAAGCAGCGGACGGCUCCAGAGCCCAUCAUGACCUCAGUUUCCACCCAGUGGGGCAUAGUCCUCCUCUCCCUGCUCUCGGUGCUGCCGGUGGUGGAAGCAGUGGAAGCCGGCGAUGCCAUUGCCCUCUUGCUGGGUGUGGUGCUCAGCAUCACAGGCAUCUGCGCUUGCCUGGGCGUCUAUGCACGCAAGAGAAAUGGACAGAUAUGACUUUGGAGGCCUCCUGGACCAAACCUUGCUCCCAAACCCUUUGUGCCCUUAAAGUGAAAAGUGAGCCGUGGUGUCUAAAGGUUUCCAAGAAAUCAGUCCAUAGGGUAGUUUGACAAUCGUAUUUGUUUCCUUAGAAAUGAGAACACACUGUUAUCGGUUGAAUGGGCAGGGAAUUAUUUUUUUUCCCCCCACAUCAGAUGCUGCACUAGUAAAAUGCAACCUGGAAUUGGUAUUUGCUAGGUAGAAGGUGAGUUGAAAAUGUAACAUCACUGAAAUUUAUAUAGGUAAUGUGUCAUAGUUUCAAGAUUUUUCAAAGCAAAUACUCUAGGAAGAAGGAAAUUUGCCCAGAUUCCUAGAAAAUAACCACCGUGUCUGUUAGAAUCUCUGCCUCCUGAAUUCUUGGAGUCUUUUCUCCAUGAUUUUAUUAAGUGUUUCCUUUUUUAUUUUCCAUGUUAAUACUGUGUUUAGAUAUCAAAUACACUCGGUGAAAAAUUUAAAGUUACUUAAAUAUAUGGAGGGAGGGGGUAAGGUUAGAAAAAUGUAUUCAGUGUACCAGCCAGUGAAGGAGAAAAACGAUCUGUUUAUAUUAAUAGUGAAAUGAAGACAUUUAAUGUUAGGAGAAAAUAGAUUUUUUAUUAACAACAUCUCAUGGUGAAACAUACUGUAUUAAAUAUAGGCCCAUUGUCUUGUAUAUUAAUGUGCAUUGUCCGUUUCUGUUCAUUUCAAGCUGUUUUUCAUCUUUGUGUGGACUUUUGUAUUACCUAAAUGAAAACAGGCAAUAUACCUUACUUACACUGA